AUGCCACCGGUCCCAGCGAAACCACGAAUCUUGCUCUUCAAUCCAGUGCGGCAUGCACUCGCGGCAUAUAAGGCAUUGGGUGAUACCACCGCCCCAGAGGUCGUCACCAGUAAAUCGCGGAGCGAGUUCUUCAAGGACUGUCAGGGCAAAUAUGCGGACGUGGCGGCAAUCUAUCGAACUUCAGCUAGUGGAGCCAUCGCGGGCAAAUUCGACAAGGACCUGAUCCAACAUCUCCCACCUUCAGUCAAGUUUAUUUGCCACAACGGGGCAGGCUAUGACCAAAUCGAUGUCGAUGCUUGCUCGGCCAAAGGAAUUACUGUUACUUACGCCCCGGACCCAGUAACGGACGCCACCGCGGAUCUUGGAGCCUUUCUCUUACUUGGUGCUCUGCGGCAGCUCAACCCUUCGCUGGUAUCUCUGCGAAAAGGCAACUUCAAGAAUGGCGUAGACUUUGGCCAUGACCCGCAGGGAAAGGUUCUCGGGAUAUUGGGCAUGGGACGUAUUGGUAAAGCCUUGAUUAAAAGGAUGACGCCUUUCGGAAUGAAGUUCAUUUACCAUAACCGUCGACCCGUGGACGAUGCGGGCGAUGCAAGAUAUGUCUCCUUCGCCGAGCUGCUGUCUCAAAGCGAUGUCAUCUCAGUCCACGUUCCCCUGACGAAACCCACCGUUCAUCUCAUUGGAGCCAAAGAGAUCGCGCAGAUGAAGCCGGGAGUGGUGAUCGUCAACACAGCGAGAGGUGCGAUCAUCGACGAGGCUGCCAUGGGAGAGGCGCUAGAAAAGGGGCAUAUUGCUGCUGUUGGACUCGACGUGUACGAGGAGGAGCCCGUAGUACACCCAAAGCUACUGUCAAAUCCUCGUGCCCUACUUGUGCCGCAUUUGGGGACACAUACGACUGAGACUUUGGCAAAGAUGGAGACUUUGGCGAUGGAGAACGCGCGGAGGGGUGUGCUGGGUGAGGAGCUUCUUACAGUUGUGCCGGAGCAAUCUGCUUGA